GUCCAUGUGAGGGUGUCGCUUUCAGGGAUCACCUAAAGAUGGUUUUGAGAGGUGACAAAUUCGGGCAAUGUUAAUUGCAUCAAAUAUUUUUAUUAAUAUAAUGAGCACAUGGAAGUUGAUACAGCGACGGUGUUACGAUUUACUUUCAUAUAAAUAUUCACUGCUCGUGAUAUUGGUGGCAUUUACCUGCAUAUUCAUUGGCAUAGUACAUUUUGGAGAGGUAUGGUUGACAUGGAGCAAGGAAAAAUACGAGGCAGUAUUUCAUUCUUUCAACGACAAUAUCUUAGGAAAAUCCUUCCAGAAGAAAUUGUGCCAACAUGUCCCUAUAGAUGUAGUUUAUACAUGGGUAAAUGGUUCCGAUCCAGUGUUUUUAGAAAAUCUUCAGAAGCAUGUUCCCAUUAUGGAUCUUAGCACUGCAGCAUCAAGAUUUAGUGAUAAAGACGAAUUGCGCUAUUCGUUGCGAUCGUUGGAAAUGUAUGCACCCUGGGUGAGGCAUGUUUAUAUCGUUACCAAUGGCCAAAUACCAAGUUGGCUCGAUAUGGAUAAUCCUCGGAUGACUCUAGUCAGUCAUGAAGAUAUUUUUUCAAAUAAAAGUGAUUUACCAACUUUUUCUAGUCCCGCUAUUGAAAGUCAUAUUCAUAGAAUACCUGGAAUCUCUGACAAGUUUUUAUAUUUUAACGAUGAUGUCAUGUUAGGUGCCGAGAUAUGGCCGGAAGAUUUUAUAACUCAAGCAGGCGGACAAAAAGUGUACUUGGCAUGGUGGGUUCCAGAUUGCUCUGACAUAUGUCCAUGGGCAUGGGUCGGCGAUGGAUCCUGUGAUCAUGCUUGUAACACUACAUUAUGCGAGUUUGAUGGUGGAGAUUGUCAAACAACCACUGUCCCUAUUGAUAGUGAGACUAUAAAAGAAAAAAGCGAUGAUUUAUACAAAUAUUUGGAAGAUUCUCGUGAGAACAAUAAUGAAUUAAAUAAUAUCUUACAUGACAAAAAUGUCGUUGAUUUAUUACGGAAUGAUAUAUCAGUGUCUACAGUUCAAAUGUUGCCUUUGUAUAAUCUCAAUACUGUUAAGUCCAUUGACACACUUGAUGAUUUCAGAAAUAAUGGUAAUGUGGAAUUGUAUAUGCGAAGUAAUGUAUAUGUAAAAUCUAAUGAUAAAAAAAUCUAUAAAUUUGCAGGUGUUCUUCAGCCUGUAUAUUCUAAACUUUUACGCAGAAAUCUUUUAAAUAAAACUGCUAAGCAUGUUGAACAAUUGAGACGCCACCAUAAUGACAUAAAUCUCGCACCAUCCAACAAUUCUGUUAAGUUCGGUAAAUUCGCAUAUUCGAAUCAAUGGAAACACAAUAUACGAGGACUUGAUACUUACGCGGAAUCUUUAUUAUAUGUUAAUAAGAUAUAUAAUGUCGCUUAUGGUCUCGAACGAAGAAAAGUACCAGCGCAUAUGCCACAUUUAAUAGAUAAAUGGAUUGUAAAUGACAUGCAAGAGAAAUUCAAGUUUGAGUUUAAAAAAACGUCUAAUCAUAAGGUGAGAGAUUCCGAAGACAUGCAAUUCGCAUUUUCUUACUUCUACUUUUUGUCCAGUGAAAAACGAAAAGUACCUAUCGGAGAAAUAUUUGAUAUGUUUGACACUGACAAAUCACGAACUUGGUCAGAUAGGGAGAUAAGAACGCUUUUAUCAAGAUUAUAUCCAUUACCGCUAGAUUAUAAUUUGGUCAUGGAAUUUGAAAAUGCGAUAACAAAUUGUUCUCAUGACACUGUUUUAUCAGAAAUUAUUGAUGUCCCACCUGGAGAAAGAUACCUAGAUUCUACUCUCCCGAUAGUUUCUAAAGAAUUGAUAUUGAAUUGUGAAUCAGUGUCUAGAAAAAUGCAAUCGAAAUUCGGUGAAAGUAGCCGGUAUCCACAUGAAAUAAUAAAAGCUGGAAAAAAUGAAAUUUUUGAGAUGUUGACCAGCAAUGUUUCUUCAACGGUACAAUUGCUGGAUGAAAUUCGGAGAGAUCCCAAAAAAUUUAUUUGCUUGAAUGACGAUAUGGACCCUAUUAGGCAUUCUGAAAAUGAAGUCGUUCGUGCCUUGUUGAAUGAUUUCUAUCGUUCGUUAUAUCCGUUGCGAAGUACUUUUGAAUUGCCAGCGCAGUAUCGAAAUCGUUUCUCUCAUAGACACGAGCUUCUUGAGUGGCGAGCGAAUCGUGCAAAAGCUAGGAAUUUAUUAUUAUGCCUUGUGGCAUUGCUUCUUUCCCUUACAUUUUAUCACAUGUUCUAUCAUCAUAUACGUAGAUUAUGCAGAACUCGAGAGUUAUCUAUAUUUCUUGUGUGAAGAAUUAAUAAUAAAUCUAAACCAUAUGCGAAUAUAAAGUUUUAUAACGGAAAACUGAUAACGAUAUAUAUAUAUAACGUUAACAUAAUUAAAAGAAUAAUAUUUAUAGAAAGAUCUGUAGGAUAAGGACUUCCAUUUGACAUUUUCUAAAACUAGAUAACUGUAUUUCUCUGUGAUAUGGAAUAAAUACUCUUUUUAUAUAAUUACAUUUUAAUAAAAGGCUGAAAACUAUAAUAGAAUAUGUUAAAAAAUACACAAGUAAUAAAUGUAUCUGAAGAUUACAAACAUGUCAUACUUAUGUACAUUAUUUUUCUUUUUUUGUUACAGUUGUAUUCUCUUUGUUAUAAAAUGAUGGAAUGUACAAGACUAUGAUAAUUAUUCAUGUAAAGAUGGACAAUUUAUGUGGCGAAUAUUUCGCGGUCCCACCAUGCCUUCUUGAAGUUUUGCGCACUCGAGCAUCCACGUUGCUACACUUGCGAUUUGCUCAGCUGGUAAUCGAGAUCCUAUACCUAUAUUUUGAUUUCGUAUCAAGACAAACUUCGAUAAGCCCCAUUACACAUAUGUAUAAAGA